AUGAGGGGCGCCCUCUCUACUGUCCUGGCUGCUGCAGGAGGAACGCAUGCCAUUGCGUUCGUCAAUCCAGCGGGUUGGGCGCCACCACGUAUCAAGUCUAGCAAGCCGUGGGGGGUUCAAAAUUUGAAAGCCCAACAGACGCUCACGCUGGAUGUUGAUAGCUCCAUGAUUGCUCGACCCGACAAAGCCGCGCGAGGAGGCGAUGACGCCUACUUCGUCAACGUCGGUGAUUCCGGUGCUCUGGAUCUAGGGGUUUUCGAUGGAGUAGGGGGGUGGGCGUCGCUUGGCCACGACCCAGGCGUCUUUUCAAGAGGCUUCGCAAAGGCCACCGCAGCCAAUAUUACAGCUCAGAGAGCGGAAGAGGCAGUAUCGCUCCGGCGAUCUCAGUUAGAAGGCGAACCCUUGCCGCGAAUUGCGCAAGGAGUGGACCUGCAGCAGGCGCUGGAGUACGCCACUACCAACGCGGCGUUGGCCGGAACCCAAGGAACUUGCACCGCAUGUGUGGUGACCUUCGACCCGGUGUACGGAAUGCUGAACGGCGUCAACGUCGGUGAUUCAGGCGCCCUUCUUGUACGCAGGGAUGCCCGAGGAACCCCCUUCGUCGCGUUGAGAACAGCGACACAGAGACAUAACUUCAACCAGCCUUACCAGCUAGGAACUGGGAGCCGAGACAAAGCACACGACGCUCGAGAUUUUUUGUUCUACGUCAGAGAGGGAGACUUGGUGGUCUUGGCCACAGAUGGCCUCCUAGACAACAUGUUCGAGUCUGAUAUCCUGCGAUGCAUCGAAGAAGCAUUUGAGGGCGAUGCGGAAACAACAGCUCACGAGGCUUGCGAUAAGCCCGUAGACUUGGCCUCAGCAUUGGCACGGAAAGCCUUUAAUCUUUCACGCGAUAAGGAACGCUUGACACCUUGGGAAGAGGAGGCUGUAGCUGCGGGAGUUAUUCCGACACGAGGCUCCGUUGACGGACCGUCAACAGACCGAGGGAAAAGGAGGCUGGAAUGGGAUGCUAGCAAAUGGGGGUUGGCUUUGGAACGAAGUGUGACCGCGGGGCUCAAUAGUUUCAGACGAGGUGCGGCAGGGGCACCAAAACAAGACGAUCGGCGUGACUCGAUUAUGCCGGAAGAAGACACGACCAGUUUUCGCGGGGGGAAAAUGGACGACAUAACCGUUUUGGUAGCAACGGUUCGUCGGGCGGGAUCGCCUAGCAGAAAGGCCACCGUCCGGGAAGGAGCUGAUGCCCGAACCACAUAGUGUGCCAAGGUGGAACGUCUGCGAUAGCAUAGCUCCUCCACAGAUGUACAGAUUAGUGCAUGAGGCGUCUCGUGACUCCAGCGUUUUAGUUGUCGGCCACACAACGAAGUGAAUGCUCGUGGCGUGGAAAUAUCUUCAGUCUAGGCGUAGCGUACUGUAAAUGAUUUGGAGAGCCUGCCGG